UUCCACUGCAGCUGGCAUAAACCCAGUUCUUGGCCUACCCACCAAGGGGCCAUAGACGUGAGCGCGCUGGCGCCGAACGGAGAAGUGCGGUGCCCCGGGCCGGGGGCUCCUGUGAACCGGCCCCUGCUGCCGCUGCUGCUGCUUCUGCUCCUGCUGCCGCUGCCCGCCGGGAGCUGGUACAAGCACGUGGCGAGUCCCCGCUAUCACACCGUGGGUCGCGCCUCGGGUCUGCUCAUGGGGUUGCGCCGCUCGCCUUACCUGUGGCGCCGUGCCCUGGGUGGGGCCGUUGGACCGCUCUCCCCAGACUCUCUGGUCCCGGGGCGGGUCGCUGGCAGCGCUCUCCUCCUGCUUCCUUCACCGGUGCAGGAGCUGUGGGAGGCACGACGCAGGAGCUGGCGGGCUGGCUCUCCCGUCUAUGCGCCCCGGAUUCCGCGGGACCUGGAGCGAGCCCGCCAACCGGAGCAGUCGCUGAGCCGCCGUUCCUGGAUCUCAGAGGAGUCCGAUAGAGCCCUCGGAGAGACGCUUCGCGCCCAGCCAUGGUUCCUGCAGCACAUCCUCAUUGCCGACCGUGUCAGGCUCCAGAACCGGUCCAAGAAUUUAUGGCGCCCCCAUGCCUAACCUGGGCUGGCGCAGUCACGGCUGUUUCCAGGGAGGGCAGCUUAUAGCUACAGUCAAGCCUCGUGGUCUGGUCUGGUCAAUAAAACCAACCUGAUU